AAAGUUUUCCGCUGUCCUAUUUCCGUGAAUUAGCAUUUUUUUCCUAAGAUAUUCGGAAGGGCGGGGCUUAAAAAACAGCUGUUCGACGUCUGUAUAAAAAAGACUUGCGAACAUUACUCGGCAUAACCUGUAUGACUUACUAAGAUCUACAAUCUAAAAACGACCAUUAUUAGAUUUUUACCUCAUUUCUAGUUCCCAGAUGAGUAAACAAGGACCCCCACCAGCUGCCCCUCCUAGCUACUUAGAAGCUGUAGGUGGGGUCAACCCAUCCAGCUCCUUUACUCCCCAUCACAAUGUAACCAGCCAACAACCAAUAAUUGUGACUACUGUAAUACCUGUUGGACCAGGAUCUACACAUACGGUUUGUCCUCACUGUCACGCAGAAGUGGAUACAUCAGUUCGCACAGAACCUGGUCUCAUUGCCUGGCUGUCUGGAGGGCUUCUUGUUCUAUUUGGAUGUUGGCUAGGCUGUUGCCUUAUUCCUUGCUGCAUCCCUGAGUGCAUGAAUGUUCAUCAUGCCUGUCCAAAUUGUAAAGCUUAUCUUGGUCGGUACAGCCAUUUUUAAGCCAAUGUUAUAAUCAUAGGCCACUGGUUCUUUUGCAUAUUUUAUUAAAGGUUUCUUCUUUGCAACCAAUCUGUUACAUCAUUCUUGAGAGCAAAUUGGGAAUUUCUUCUUAUUGCAUAAAUCUUUACAAUUUAAUUGUUUUCAAACAAAAGAAACUCAAAAUGUUGUACCGUUUGUACCUUGCUAAAAUAUCUACUCUGCUUACACAUUAAAAUAAAAUAUACACUGUUUCUUUCAUUA